GCCGCGGGCGUGCGCCGCCUCCGCCCGCAGCCCUCCGAGGAGCCGCCCGCGCAGGAGGAGGACCAGGACCUCCUCCUGGCAGCUGCCUAUGUUUCUGAUGCCCAGUACAACAGAAAUGUUCCCUUUGAAACAUCUCCUCGGGCCAUCAGACUUUACUAUUUUUAUAACCACUGGACAAUGCAAGUAGCCAUCUACUUCUUUAUUUGUGUCGACCUUUCCCUCGCCCUGUUUGAAGAACCUGCGCUGUUUCCACUGCCUUUCUUGGCUACCUCGAUAGCAGAAGUACUCUGUCUGACUGCAUUCUUUGGGAGACUUGUACAUUUUGCGAAAGUCACUCCUCAGAUGGUUUUCUGGAAGGAUAUGAAAAACAUCUGCAUCAUGGUAACCAUAGUGCUGACCUUGAUUGAUUUGAUUAUCUAUGGUUCCCUGGAAGCUGUUAAUAUCCACAGCGUUCGAUGGUCAAGGGCCUUAAGGCCAGUCUUCCUAAUUAACUUCCCUGAAAGUCGUCAGAUCCGAAGAACUUUCAGAAGCAUCCGGAACACUCUGCCCGAUAUCCUCUACGUCUUCCUCUUGUUCAUGUUCAGUGUGCUGAUAUUCUCCCUUAUGGCCUUGAAGCUUUUUGGGGAUCGGGGUCUUCAAACAGUGGAAGGCUUGCCCUACUUCACAAAUAUCCUGGAGAUAGCGUUUGAACUCUACGUGCUGGUCACUACCGCGAACAGUCCUGAUGUCAUGAUGCCUGCCUAUAACUUCAAUUGGUGGUAUUCUCUGUACUUCAUAACCUACAUCAUCAUCAAUACCUACAUCUUCAUGUCCGUCUUUCUGGCUGUGGUCUACAACAAUUAUAGGAAACACUUAAAGAACGAGAUUCGCAAACUGGCGUACCUGAAACGUCACAAAAUGAUAGAGGCUUUCAACAUUCUGAAGGUCAAGGUGGGCACAGAGUUUGUGGUGACGGAGGCCCGGUGGAAGCGGCUGGCCAGGAUCGUGAUGCCACACAUCAGCAGUCCCCACCUGGAGCUCCUUUUGAGGAUCUCCGACGAGGGACAGAAGGGCCACGUGGGUAAGAAGCCUUGGCCUCUGCCAUUCCUCUUCGCUGUGCGUUCAAAAGUGGGUGGCUCCCAACAGCGAUUCGGUGGGAGCCACCCCGGGAUCAGAGUAGCGUCCCUUUCUGCCGGGGUCACCCAUGUCCACAGUCCUCCAGCGUCUCCGGCCCGCUCCUGGCCCCGUGAUGCUGCAGCUCCGUGCGCCCCUGCUGACCAGGGCUGCCCAUCACAGGUGGUCUACUACGUGUUUGCCAUCAUCGGGAUGGAGGCAUUCCACGGCAAAGUCCGGUUCUUCGACCCAAAUUUCACCACCCCCGAUGCUCUGGUGUGUGGGAACCCAGCCUUGAAAGACUCAGCGUUUGCCCGAGACAGGUACUGCAAGAAUAACUUCAAUGACCUGGCCUCCUCGCUCAUCGUGCUGAUGGAGCUCACGGUGGUUAACCAGUGGCACGUCCUCGCAGGCGGCUUUGCCCUCGUGACUCACCAGGUGGCAAAGCUGUACUUCCUCAGCUUCCAUGUUGUGGUCGUCAUCCUCAUCGUCAAUAUUUUCAUAGCGUUCAUCUUGGAGGCAUUUUUUGUGGCGUACUCCUUAGAAAAAAGUGAAAUCGAAACUGCCAUCGAGAAGAAGAUUCAAGAGCUUGGAGUGGGAAUCCAAGAAGAAGAAAUGCAGGAUGGGAAGCUCGUUGAUAACAUGGACGCCAAGGACAGUGGCUUUAGUGGGGAUGAUGGAGACAACAAAAGGAAGUCCUUGAAAGGAUUGUACUUCAGAAUUGCAUCAAAAAAGUACAGGACCGUGGAUGCCCUGCUGCAGCAGAUGUUCGAGUCCGAAAUUGCUCCAGAGGAUGAAGGCCCUUCCUUGGAUGAGAUUCUGAACUUCUCGCCCGGUGACAUAUAUCCCAAGAAUCCCAAUUUUGAAAACAGUGCGUGAUUCUGGCCUGGAAGGGUCCACACCUGGAAACCAGGCUAAGCUGCCAUCACGUCUUGCGCAUGCUUUCUGGAGGUGGUUUUCCCAGCCCGAGUUGUCUCUGUGCCCUGACCAGCCUGCGCUUCGGCCGCACGGGCCCGGAGUGGUCGGUGGAGAGAUGUGGAGAGGCUCCUUCUGUGUGCCCCGCCUGGGGUGGUUCUGGGGUCUGAUCAGAGCAGUAAGGAGGGGCAAAUCUAUGAAGAGAUUAUGAGGAGCACUUAUCUUACACAUGUCCGUCCGUACGUGUGAGAAGUCCUUUCCGUGGGGAUAUGAAAGCUUUUCAUUUAUUUUUAUAUGAUAUUUUGCUAUUCUAUUAAAUCCUGUGCUACAGUG